UGUUGUUCUUGGCAGGAGAGAGCCAGGAGCUGCCUGCCAUUUCUGGUGAGUCAGCUGGCCAACAUGGAGCACUCCUUUCACCAUAUUCUCCUGCUGGAGAUUAAGAGCAUCACAGACACAUUCUCCUCCCUCCUGGGCCCUCAGAGCAGAGACAUCUUCCGCAUGAGCAACAGCUUCACUGCCAUUGCCAAGCUCCUUACCCGACAACUGGAAACCACCAAACCCCAAAGUGGCAGGAGAAAAAUCAGCACUGAAAUUGAAUUCCCUGAGAAGUUAGAAGGAACCAAGCUCACCGCAGCUGAAAAUGAAGACCAAAAAAAGCUCCAUGUUAAAAUACAGGCUUUUGAAGACAAAAUAAAUGCUGAGAUCAAUACCCCUGGAUCUAUCAGAAGAUAUAGUUUGGGCCAAGUUUCCAAGGAAGAAAGAAAAGACAUUAGAUUUAACAGGUCAAAGAGUCUGGCUUUGCACACUGUGCUAACAAAGGGCAUGAGUUCAGAUGAUGGGGAAGUUGUUGAGAGAGGAGAUAUACCAGCCAGCAUCUCCCUUUCAGAAAUAGACUCACUUAGCCAAGGAAAUAAGUCACCCUUUAAGGCGGACACUGAUGGAUCACAGCUGGGAAAUUCUUCAGUUUCACACCCAAGCAUUAUACAUAUAGACUCAGAGAAUCUGCCAGAAACAGUAAAAAAAAACUAUCAGGAAGAAACUCCAGAGACGACUGUAAGUCCUGUAGAAUACCAAGAUAAGCUCUACUUGCACUUAAAGAAGAACCUCAGUAAAGUGAAAGCAUACGCCAUGGAAAUCGGAAAGAAGAUUCCAGUCCCUGACCAGUGUACCAUUGAAGAUUCUGUUAGAAGUUGUGUAGCCAAGUUGUUCUUCACCUGCUCCCUGAAGGGCCAUUACUGCCUGUACAGUAAAUCCAGUUUUAUUCUCAUCAGCCAAGAACCUCAGCCGUGGAUCCAGAUCAUGUUUCUGUUUCAGCAGAGCCUAUUUCCGGAGCCCCUAUCCAUCCAGAGCCGUUCUGUGCAAUUUCUCAGAUCUCUGUGGGAGAAGACCCAGGCAGAGGGUGCUCACAGCUUCGAAACAGCCAUGCUGGAGUCCACAUUUCCACAGCAGAAGGAUCUGGACCAGGUACAGCUCCAUCUGGAAGAAGUGAGGUUCUUUGACGUGUUUGGCUUCAGCGAAGCAGCGGGAGCAUGGCAAUGCUUCAUGUGCAACAACCCUGAAAAAGCAGCGGUUGUAAAUCAAGACGGCCAGCCUCUCAUAGAAGGGAAACUUAAAGAGAAGCAAGUCAGAUGGAAGUUCAUCAAAAGGUGGAAAACCCGUUACUUCACACUGGCUGGAAACCAACUUCUGUUUCAAAAAGGAAAGUCUAAAGACGAUCCUGAUGACUCACCAAUAGAACUCAGCAAAGUACAGAGCGUGAAGGUUGUGGCCAGAAAACGCAGGGACCGCUCUCUCCCUCGGGCUUUUGAAAUCUUCACAGACAAUAAAACCUAUGUUUUCAAGGCCAAGGAUGAGAAGAACGCAGAAGAGUGGCUCCAGUGCAUCAAUGUGGCAGUUGCCCAAGCAAAAGAGAGAGAAAGUCGAGAGGUGACCACAUAUCUGUAGGGACUCGCAAGCCGACCUCACACUGACUGUGUACAAUGGCAUUGCAUUGUCACUGCCAAUGUCAAGAAAAAAAGAUAAAUUCGCCGAGUCAUGUGUUUUUUACUAAAUACCAGUGGAACAGUUUUUCCUCAGAAGCAGUACCCAAAAGCGGCAGGAUUCCUAGCACAUCUUAUAUCCUAAUGGCAUUUGCAUUAACUUCAGGACAUUUGUGUAAGCUAGGAUAAGCAGAGGAAACCAUUUUCUCCAGCCCCAAAUUCUGUGCCACUCCCAUUUACACUUGAGAUUUUGGGUUUUGCCAUUAACCAUAUGCUUUUUUUAAAGAAUUAAGCUGUGGGAAGCAGAAUUCUGGGAUAACUCCCGAUGACCCACACCCGGUAUAACCUUCUCCCCUUGAGUGUGGUAGAACCUGCAACUUGCUUCUAACUAAUGGAAUAUGGCAAAAGAGAUAGACUGGUCUCUCUCCUGAUUAUGUGACGUUCUAUGGCAAGGGUAAAGAGAUUUUGCAGAUAUAAUGAAGGUCCUUAAUCGGCUGACUUUGCGGUCAUCAAAAGGAUAUGAUCGUGGGUGAGCCUGACCUAAUCAGAUGAGCCCUUUAAAAGCAAGUCAGAGACUCUCUUUCACUGGCCUGGAAUAAGCAAGCUGCUAUGAGUCCUUCAGCUUCAAGGAAAUGAACUUUGCCAGCAACCAGUGAGCCUGGAAGAGGAUCCCCAACCUCGUGUAAGAGCCCAGCCACCUUGACUGCACCUUGACCGCAGCUUUGCAAACCCUGAGCAGAGGACCCAGCUGAGCCAUGCUUGGACUCCUGACCCACGGAAACUUCGAGAUAAUAAAUAUGUGCUUUUUUAAGUU